UAGAGCAUAUUUCAAUUUGCCCUAAAUUCCUAACAAGUCUUAUUUCACAUUCUUAUGAUAGCCUUUGUAUUUGUUCAAAGAUUAUAAAACGGGUGUCUUGUAUACAAUCUGUUCUGAAGCUGUCAGACUGAUAAAAUGUGCUGUUUUAAUGUAUAGGGAAGGAUGAGCACCCAGUUGUCAAAAUAAUUUGAACCAAUCAGCAUGUUGUAGGAGGAGCAGUUGCAAUCUGAGCUGUGAACAGAUAAUUCUGAAUGAAAACCCUUUCAAACAAAACAAGCUGAAUAUCAACUAACCAUUUUCAAUUAGGUCUGAUAAUGGGAAGGGGAACAGUCAUUUUUCAGAGAUCAGGGAGAAACAACAUCACCAUGUUCUAUUUCUGUUGAUUAGGUAUUUUAAUCCGAACAUUAUCUGGCAAAGGACUUACGGGGAGUCCUUAUGAAUUUUUCAUGAGCUGCAUAUGCUGCUGAAUGAAUUCAGUGAGUGUCACACCAUGUAGCUUGCAGACAACCCACAUCCACAAGGAGGCUACCGAAACAGAAAGCACUUUGGUGCAUUUUCAGAGGCAAAGCCAAGCCUGAUAAAGCUCUUUUCUGACAGGAUUGAUUUAUCCAUUCUUCGAUUAUGCUGCCAUUUCUUUAGGCAGCCUUUUCAUUCAGAUCUACAUGCGAUGAAUGAUCAGCACAGAGCUUGUCGAGUUAUCAGCAUUUGAAUCCCUAGCAAUGUCUUUGGGCUGUGCUAUUGUUGUGUUUUCUGUAUGGUGAGAGCUAACAUAAUCUCCAAGCUAUGACAGCAAAAGAUUCUUCUAGGGAACUUGCUUCUCCGGAGACCGAUGUUUAUAUAAAGACUUUCAAAGAACAAAUGCAUUUAGAACUUGAGCUGCCCAGAGUGUCCGGGAACAGAACCACUUCUCCGAAAAUAUCCCCCCGCAGUUCUCCAAGGAACUCUCCAUGCUUUUUCAGAAAGUUGCUGGUGAAUAAAAGCAUCCGUCAACGUCGACGUUUCACAGUGGCACAUACAUGCUUUGAUGUCGAAAAUGGCCCUUCACCUGGUCGUAGCCCACUUGAUCCUCAGGCUGGCUCUUCUUCAGGGCUUGUGCUUCACACCACAUUUCCAGGGCAUAGCCAGCGUAGAGAGUCAUUUCUUUAUCGAUCGGACAGUGACUAUGACCUGUCACCAAAGACCAUGUCACGGAAUUCUUCUGUUCCAAGUGAACAACAUGGAGAUGACCUGAUAGUGACACCAUUUGCACAGGUCUUGGCAAGUUUGAGAAGUGUAAGAAAUAAUUUUACAAUACUGACUAAUCUGCAGGGAACGUCAAACAAGAGGUCUCCAGCAGCAAGUCAGCUACCCAUCUCCAAAGUAAACAUUCAAGAAGAAUCUUACCAAAAAUUAGCAAUGGAAACUUUGGAGGAAUUGGACUGGUGUUUAGACCAACUUGAAACUAUUCAGACCUAUCGAUCUGUUAGUGAGAUGGCAUCCAAUAAGUUCAAGAGAAUGUUAAACCGGGAGCUGACACAUCUUUCAGAAAUGAGCCGAUCAGGGAAUCAAGUCUCUGAAUAUAUUUCUAAUACUUUCCUAGACAAGCAGAAUGAUGUGGAGAUUCCUUCUCCUACACAGAAGGACAGAGAGAAAAAGAAGAAGCAACAGGUUAUGACACAGAUCAGUGGUGUAAAAAAGUUAAUGCACAGUUCAAGCUUGAAUAACACUAGUAUUUCAAGAUUUGGUGUGAAAACAGAAAAGGAAGAUCAUUUAGCUAAGGAGCUAGAAGAUCUGAAUAAAUGGGGAUUGAAUAUAUUUAAUGUUGCAAGAUACUCACACAGUAGACCUCUCACUUGCAUUAUGUAUGCAAUUUUCCAGGAAAGAGAUCUACUGAAGACAUUCAAAAUCUCAUCAGACACCUUUAUAGCUUACACUAUGACUUUGGAAGACCACUACCACACAGAUGUAGCUUACCAUAAUAGUCUCCAUGCAGCUGAUGUAGCCCAAUCUACUCAUGUUCUUCUGUCCACACCAGCUUUGGAUGCUGUAUUCACUGAUUUAGAAAUUUUGGCAGCAAUUUUUGCAGCAGCAAUUCACGAUGUAGAUCACCCUGGUGUCUCCAAUCAGUUCCUUAUUAAUACAAAUUCUGAACUUGCUUUAAUGUACAAUGAUGAGUCCGUCUUGGAAAACCACCAUCUUGCUGUUGGCUUUAAGCUUCUACAAGAAGAGCAUUGUGACAUCUUCCACAAUCUGACCAAGAAACAACGUCAAAGUCUCAGGAAAAUGGUGAUAGACAUGGUCUUGGCAACAGAUAUGUCCAAGCACAUGUCACUUCUGGCAGAUUUAAAGACGAUGGUAGAAACUAAAAAAGUUACAAGCUCUGGAGUCCUCCUGCUAGAUAACUACACUGAUAGAAUACAGGUUCUCCGAAAUAUGGUCCAUUGUGCUGAUUUAAGUAAUCCUACAAAAUCUCUUGAACUCUAUCGGCAGUGGACAGAUAGAAUUAUGGAGGAGUUUUUCCAGCAAGGGGACAAAGAACGGGAGAGGGGAAUGGAAAUCAGCCCAAUGUGUGACAAGCACACAGCUUCUGUGGAGAAGUCUCAGGUGGGAUUCAUUGAUUAUAUUGUUCAUCCACUUUGGGAGACCUGGGCAGACCUAGUACAGCCCGAUGCUCAAGAUAUUUUGGACACCCUGGAAGACAACCGUAAUUGGUAUCAAAGUAUGAUCCCUCAGAGCCCUUCCCCUCCCCUCGAAGAACGCAGCCAAGACUGUCAGGGCCUGAUGGAGAAGUUCCAGUUUGACCUUACUCUUGAAGAGGAAGACUCUGAUGGGCCUGAGAAAGAGAGUGACAGUAUCCAUUAUUACAGCAGUACCAAGACACUUUGUGUCAUUGACACAGGAAAAAGGGAUUCCCAGCAGGACACUAAUAUAGAGAUUGUGACAAAAGAUGCAUCGCCGAUUGAUACUUAACACACUGUAUUCGUGAUGGUGAUUUUAUUCACGCACAUGCAGAUUGUCUCAUGUGCUAUAGCCUGAAAGUCUGGCUCUUAGGCCAGCACCUGUUAUUGGCUAGAAGACUUUCCAAUUACUCGAGAUUGGAGUCAGGGUUAAAGAGUGUGUAAUGACUGCUCAGGAAUUAACAGGUGAUAUCUACUGCAGCUUAAGUUUUAUCAGCCAAAAACAAAAUAAACCUGGUGAUAGGGAGGCAGUAUGAGCUGUUACUGAACAAGCCCGCUAGGGAAUGACACACAAUCAUAAUAUUUUCUAUUCUUAAUAGAUUCUGACAUCCAGUUCGGUCCAACAGCUCAAAAUACGGUUUCGUAAUUUUGCAUUUAAAAUUUGUGCACCUGUCUCAGACCCGUGUGCCUUUUUUAUAAAUACUUCCACAUCUUUUCGAGACGCCUACUAAAUACACAACAAAACUUGUUUGAUACCAAUAUAUAUUUUAUAUUAUUACUAAUCCUGUUUAAUGAAGAAAGUCUUCCUCUCUACGGGCAAUACUUGUGUUUACCGCAGUUUAAUUGUUUUGACUCACUAAAUAAAGCAGGGUGCCCUCCUCCUUGCAUUACUGCAUCACUGGUCACUUUAUUAGUCCCACAAAAUCUAGGUUUCUCUUGUGUUACUUGCCACACAUAAACAAAUGGUUUUCCACUCAACUGUUUUUGAUUUUUGUUGUACACAGGAUGAAGUAGUGUUGCAUUCUCAUUAGACAAUGCAGUACGUAUAAAAACCAACAUGUUGUAAUAUGAUGGACAAUCUCCCCUUUAAAAAAACAAAACUCAGUUGAAUUUUUGUGUUUGGUCCUACUGUGCUCCCCACCCACCCCCAUUCUUCAUGUUCGCUAGGCUGAGUCUCCUUUUCUUCUCCUCAACUUGCCUUGAGCUAUUACAUGUCCAGUACUGUUUAUAACAGUGUAUUUAUUAUGUAUUGUAUAUAAUGUAAUGUUUUGUAAGUAUUAAUUUAUAUAAAUUAACAUUGCCUGUCAGUGGUGAUGUUAUUUGUGUAGAAGACUCUGAAUGAGAGUUGCCUUUCUUGUAAUUUUUUGUACUGCGUAAAAUGGAAAGAACCUGAGCACAGUGAAAGAGACAUAUGGAACCCAGAAAGGGCAUUCAGACAUUGGCUCCCAUUUGAUUUCAUUUUCAUUUGGAUUCUGGAAAUCGGGGUUUGGUAACUGCUGAGGAACUAGGAUGGUUUGUUCAUCAGAAAUGAAACUACUGAAAUGUUGAAAAGGACGCGCCCAGUAAAUGCCACAAAACCACCUGUCAUUUUCCAAUUUUCAAAGUAGCCAAUGUGAGUUUCUAUGACAAAAUGUGAACUGAUACUAUAAUUGUGCUGUGAAACCUCUUCCAACAAAGCUUGUGAGGCAUGUAUACAGUGCCGAUUUGUAAAGCUAUGUUUCAAGCUUUCAGUCCAACUUGUGACUAAUUAGUUGAUGAAAAUAGCACAGCUGUGCAUGAUACAUGGGUUUAUAUGUCUGUUGAACACUGCAUUGUUCCAGGUGGUUAUUUUAUUGUCUGAAAGUUUCACACAAUGUAUGUUGUUAUAGUAUUAUAUAUUGUGUUGAGAUGCAUUCUGAAGAGAUUUUUAUAUGAAGUGAAUAAAUGAAAGCAUGAUUUA